AUUCACUUAAACUGGGACCGAGGCUUCACCGGCACGGAGACCCCCGAUGGCAUUUUGGUGGGUCCGCAGGCCGAAUGGGUUCUGAGCAGCGGCCUCACCACAGUUUUCCUGCCGAUCGUCUACAUCAUCGUUUUCGUGGUUGGCCUGCCUGCGAAUGCUAUGGCCGUCUGGGUGUUCCUGUUCCGCACCAAGAAGAAGCAUCCGUCGUCCAUCUACAUGGCCAACCUGGCGCUGGCAGACCUGUUUUUUGUCAUCUGGACACCACUGAAGAUCGCUUACCACAUCAACAACAACGACUGGAUAUACGGCGAGGGGCUGUGCAAGGUCAUGGUGGGCUUCUUCUACGGGAACAUGUACUGCUCCAUGGCCUUCAUCGCCUGCAUCAGCGUGCAGCGUUACAUGGCCGUGGUGUACCCGCUAGCGCAGCGUCAGCGCGAGAACACCGUCACCUAUGUGAUUUCGGCGGCCAUCUGGGCGGUGGUGUGGUUGCUUACCAUCCCGCUCUAUUUGUACGACCAGCAGGUGCGGGUGGCAAAACUGGGCAUCCUCACCUGUCACGACGUCACCCGACCCAGCCAGAGGAAGAUGCCUGCGGGCUAUUUCCUCACCAUGGGCACGGCAGGUUUCCUAGUUCCCGCUGCCGUCUGCGCCGUCUCCUAUGUGCUAAUGCUACGGGCGCUACGCACCAGCAUGACUACGGAUGACGCUGUGGCCAAGAAGCGGCGCAAGGCGGUGUUGCUAAUCAUCACCGUGCUGGUGAUGUUCAUGUUGUGCUUCGCGCCCAGCAACAUAAUGCUCCUGGUGCACUACGUGCUGCUCCUGAACGAGGUCCGCAACAACCUCUACGGGUUCUACAUCACCGCACUGUGUCUGGCUAGCCUCAACAGCUGCAUCGACCCCUUCGUCUACUACUACAUCUCUGAUGAAUUCCGCGAGCAUAUCAAGAACACCUUCCUGUGCCGAAGCCAGCGCACUGUGGAGAGGAUGCGUGUGUCUUUCAGUGCGAUGAAGUUCUCCAAAAAGAGCAAUACAUACACGACGACGGACUCCAGCGGGAACACCGGGAGCUCACAGUGCUAG